CACUGGAUAGAGAGUAAAAGUGACACAGUUCGGCGGAAAUAUGGCGGAGAGUUCGGGAGAUUCGGAGCGGGAAGGAAAGACGAUUCGAGUUGGCAUCUUAACAGUGAGUGACAGGUGCUUCUCGGGCCAGACAGAGGAUAAGAGUGGACACAACUUGAAAUGUCUGAUAGAGGAGAAGAAAUUAAUUGAUGGAAAAGUUUGUGUAAAAGAAAUUGUACCAGAUGAAGUUCAAAAGAUAAAGGGUCUCCUCAUUGACUGGGCGGACAACAUGAAGCUGGACCUCAUCCUGUCUACAGGGGGCACUGGCUUCACUGCACGCGAUGUCACGCCAGAGGCUACGAAGGCCGUGUUGGAUCGCGAUGCUCUGGGAAUCACUGUGGCCAUGUUAACUGGCUCUCUCAACAUAACGCCGCUGGCCAUGCUGUCCAGGUUGACUUGUGGAAUCCGGAAGAGUACUCUCAUCAUCAACCUUCCUGGCAGCACCAAAGGGUCAGAGGAAUGUUUCCGGUUUGCAGCGGUGGGUGUUUCCCAUGCUAUCGACCAGCUGCAGGGCUCUAGAGAGAGCGUGAGGUCAACACAUUCUGACCUUCAAGAGGAGGGCAUCCACUCCAACGAACCUGGACAGAUUCAGGUCGGGACUGAAGAGCAUCUCAGUCAUCAUCACCAUGGUAAUCACCAUCAAGAGAAACACCACCAUGGACACAAGCAUCAUCACCAUCACCAUGGGCACGAUGGCAACCAUGGACACCAUGGCAACCAUGGACACGAUCACAACCAUGGCAACAAUGGUCACGAUCAUCACCAUGGCAGUUAUGGACAGAAUCAUCACCAUGGCAAUGGUGAUCAUCACCAUCAUCACAGCCAUGCUAACCAUGGUGACGGACAUCAUCACAAUGUCAAAAGCCAGGUGGACGCUAGCUGCAUCGCUUACCGCCCCCGCGAGUCCCCGUACCCCAUCAUCCAGGUGGACGAGGCUGUCAACACUGUGUUGGACAAGGCCCCUGUGUUGUCCGCAGAGACCAUCAGUUUCAGAGACGGUUUGGGGCGGUAUCUCGCUGAGGAUGUUUUCGCCAGAGAUCCUCUUCCUCCGUUCCCGGCCUCCAUCAAAGAUGGUUAUGCAGUCAUAGCCUCGGAUGGGGACGGACUACGGCAGGUCAUAGGGGACUCCACAGCAGGAGAUGUGCCAACAAGGGAGGUAACCCCUGGUUACUGUAUGCGUAUCAACACGGGUGCCCCGCUUCCACCUGGUGCUGAUGCCGUGAUACAGGUGGAGGACACCGUCCUCACCAAACACUCAGAGGACGGACAGGAAGAACUGGAGAUUAAACUAAUGACGGUUCCAAAGAAAGCCCAGGAUAUCAGACCAGUUGGUUCGGACAUUGAGAAAGGUCAAAAGGUGUUGGGUCAAGGACAUAAGCUGGGUCCUUCUGAGUUGGGGCUACUAGCGACGGUUGGGGUGACAUCGGUCAGCUGCUACAGGAGGCCAACUGUUGGGGUCAUGUCCACAGGAAAUGAGCUCCUGGAACCGGAAGAUCCUGUGGUAGAGGGGAAGAUCCGUGACAGCAACCGUACAUCCCUGCUGUCUCAGCUGAAGGACUAUGGAGUCCCUACAGUGGAUCUCGGGGUAGCAAGGGACAGUCCCGAUGAACUGAUGAAGGCUUUACGAAGGGCUGUUGACAGUGCUGAUGUGAUUGUGACAACAGGGGGCGUGUCCAUGGGAGAGAGGGACUACCUAAAGCAGGUUCUACACAAGGACUUUGGUGCUGACAUCCACUUUGGCAGAGUCUUCAUGAAGCCAGGAAAGCCAACAUCAUUUGCCACAUUAGAGCACAAUGGAAAGAGGAAAUUGUUUUUCGGUCUUCCUGGCAACCCCGUGUCGGCCAUAGUUACAUGUAACCUGUAUGUCAUCCCUGUCGUGGCCAAGAUGUCAGGCAGCACUCAACCCAGGAGGACUGUGCUGCAGGCUAAGAUAUCCCAAGAUCUGCGUCUGGACCCAAGACCUGAGUACCAUCGUGCUGUCCUCGCGUGGACCCCGGGAAAAGCCUUCCCAGAAGCCACCAGUACAGGAAACCAGAUCAGCAGCCGCCUGCUGAGCAUGAGCACUGCCAACGCCUUGUUGAUGUUGCCGCCAAAGUCGGCGAGCCAGACUUCCUUGAAGAAGGGAGAUAUCGUAAACGCCAUGGUGAUCGGCAGACUCUAGUCAAGAUUCCAACACAUAUUUUUGAAUUCCAUCGCAACCUUCCAUUAGGCCACAACGAAUCAAUUUAUUAUGUGUCAAAAUUAAAAUGGUCUUGGACUCUAGAAGUGCCAAAAGUAUUUUUGCUUUUGAUAAGUAGUAUUAUCAAAUGAUUACUGUAACAUCAGUUCUACUCCUUUUUGGAAAUUCCAUUUGGCCCAACACAGUCAAUAUCAUACCUGGCCAUUUGGGAGAAGACAAUGAGUCAACAGGUUUCUUUUUCUCUGUAUAGUGUCUUAAGUACACAUUCUCACAUGGAACUAAACAGCACAGAUAUAAUCAAUAUUAGUGUUGCUGCAUCUACCAUUUCAACCAUUAUUUUUUAUUUCAAAAUGCUCAAAAAAAUUGGGAAACAUGAUCCUUCAUUAUGUUCCCGAAAUUUAUAGCACAAAUUUUAUGUAAUUUUUGUCUUCCAAUGUAAGCAAGAUGGUCUAACCUGUUAUGAUUCAUUGUGCAGAGUUAUGUCCCUUAACUAUACCAGGAUCUGUGGUCGUGGUUUGAACCUCACCUUCCUCCCAGUCCUUGGUCUGUCAGCACCACACAAGUGUUCUUGGGUCAAGUGCUGAAUGUCUACAGUGGUAGAAUUAAGUAUGAAAACCGUGUCAUAAGUCUAAUGUUAAUGUUAAAAUAUUUUCGAGGGUCCUCAUUUUUAAAUACUGUAGCAUCAAGUCUCAAAGACCCCAAGACCCACUCUUAAGUACUGUCCUUUGUCACUGUGAGUUUACUUCACUUAUUUAGCUGAAGAGUCCUAUGAUCGAGAUACUAUACUAGGUGGCUUAAAAUACUACUCAUUCCCAACAGUGUCAUGUUAGUGUGAUGACAUGAUAUGUUGCCAAAGAUACUUGGAUGAAUUCUAAUUUAUUUUCAUCUUCAUGUUGACAGUAUUUACUGAGUGGCCAAAGAUUGAAAGUCUAUCUGAAAAAUGUUUGUGUUUUGCCAGUGUUGGUGCAUGUUAGUGAGUUGACUGUUAUGAAUGGUGCCAAAAGUGCUAUGAAUUUGGAUUCCAUUAUAUUUGUGAGGGUGACAUCAAGGUGGUUGGGUAGAAAGCUACACAGUUAACAUAGGUUAAGGUGAAUGGUUGUGAACUGGUUUUGGUUGAAAUGACAUGUAUUUGGUGGGGGAUUAAAAAGUAUAUUAUUAUUUGGGAAGGGUAAUUUAACUCUAAUACCGCCCAGGGCCAUGUUCCACAACGCUAUCGUAGCACUACAACUGUUACAAGCCCAUAUUGAAAGAAAUGUCAUCGUCUUAGCUUUGUGGAACAGCUCUGGAUGAAAACUCUUCAUCCCAGAGAAUCUGAUAAUUGCAGGUUCAUUACUCCAGAUUGUCUUCAAAACCUGUUGAGAAUCGGGGCAGUCCCAUGUAGAUAAUUAUUAUCAUAAACCCCCCAUGGGGACUGGUUAGAAUUGGUCCUAUGGAUGGAAGAGGCAGUUUAAUUCAUCUGUGGUCAGGCUGGUGACUUAGUUGACACGUGUUAUUGUACCCCGACCUCGCUGGUGGUUGCUCAUAAUAUCAAUCACAGGUUUGUCUUGUCCAGACUCUAAUAUUUACAGGGCAGCCUCAUACAGCUUGAUGAGAACUGCUAACAAAUCUCCUCUUAAAGUGAGGUUUGGUUGUUUCAAUAUGAUUUUAUUGUGAGCCAUCGUACCCAGAUGACAUGAGAUGCUGCUUUGACCGACUUGCUCAAUCACAGGCUGUAAUAUCUCAAGCAUGUAUUCGUAAUAGCAUUGAGGAAUAAAACAACACUUACUCACCUCCAUGGCUUGUCAACAUACUCUGAAGGUUGAUUGUCGGUCAUGCUUUCAAUGGCUUUUUGCCAGGUCCACGAGCAUUUACAAACCGCUUUGAUGUGGCCAAAAUAAUGUUGACAGUGGCAUUAUUAGUAUACCAGUUUUGUGUGCGGUUUAAGAUGAGAUUGUUUGGUAUGUAGUCUCUCCAAACUUUGAUAUCUCGUUUGUUGACUUACCGGAUUUUGGAAUGAAUCUCUUGCACUGGCUGUUGGUAUUUGUUUCAUUGUCACUGAGUGUUGGUAUUUUGCGAAUCGUUUGCACAUAGUACUAAUGGAAAUGUGAUGCUACCCUUCCAACUGAUGACACAUUAGUGCUAUAUUGUUGCAUGUGUUACAUUCUCAGUGCUUACAUGCGCUGUGUUUGUUUUGUUAUUGUGGUAUAAGCUUCUCGGUUGUUUCAGUUCUUUGAACACACAAUAUUAUUUGGCAUUUUUUAUUUGACGUCAUUUUUUGUUUAAACUGAGUUCUACUCCAGAAGACUGAGUAUUUGUAUGAUAAUCAGGCCCAUAUACAGAGUCAAAAGGUACUACAAUUAAUCAGAAUUUUUCAGUGUGUGACUUCCCUGUGUGUGAUCGAUCAUUGAUGUAGUGCAGUUUUAAGCAGUAAGGUGUGAUCGUUAUAUUGUGUAUAAGAUUACUUCAGUGCAUCCCACAUCAUCAAUAUUUCACAGGCCUGUAUACGUUCCUCAUCAGUGAAUACUCACAACUGCGAUCCAGUGUAGGGCAUGUGAACUAAUAAAAUGAGCUUUGACAUGAAAUGAGCUUUACUCUGUGAGCCCCACCAUUGCCUGAUACUGAAGCAGUUAGUCCACAAGGCUGUGUCAGAUAUUGCAUGGGGAAAUAUUGCUUGUGCAAAAUGGUCUUGGCACCGACUGGUUUUCCUCUUGCUGAAACCAAGUCUUGUCUUGAUUCAUUUGUUAAAAUCGUGACUACACAGCACAUCAGUUGUAUGUAUUCACAGAUGAUGGAGGAUGGUAGUGAAUACAAGCAAGUGAAGUAUUGAGUAUGAACAUCUAAUGCGCUCAUGACAUAUAUAAAUAUAUAUUUUCUUUUUGACAAUUUUUUAUGUAACAAAACAAGUUUGUGACUUUUGAAUCUUUUUAAGCUAGCAAAUAGGUAUCUAGCUAUGCAAUGGCAUGCUGUAUGCAUUUGGUCAUGUGAUUUAUUUUAUUUUUUGGAGACAAUUCAAUAAAACCUACACAUAAACCUUU